AAAGAAGGGGAGCAGGGAGGAGGAGGAGGAGGGCCCGGCAUGGCGGGGCUCCGCGGGCUGCUCAGCGCGCUGCUCCUCGAUUUGCUGGUGGACUUGGCCCUGGGGCCCGGGGCCCGGGUGCGAGACUGCCUCCGGGCCGGCGAGGCCUGCUCCGACGACCCCACGUGCAGCGCCCAGUGGCAGGCCCUCCGGCAGUGCGCGGCGGGCGACGGGCCGGCCAAGCUGGACCCCGUCGCCCGUGGCCGGUGCGGCCGCACGGCCGGGGCCCUGCUGUCCACCCAUUUCUUCGGCUGCCGCUGCCGGCGGGGCAUGAAGAGGGAGAAGCAGUGCCUCGGCGUCUACUGGACCCUCCACCGGAGUCUCCUGCCAGACACGCCAGGGCCGGACGCCUCUCCCUACGAGCCUCCCGUCAGGGGGCUGGAUGCCGUCCCCCUGACCUCCAUCGCCGCAGGCUGGCAGAGCGAGGCGCCCGGGGCCAACCGGUGCCUGGAGGCGGCCCAGGCGUGCCACCGGGACGGCGGGUGCCAGCGGCUGCGGGCCCGCUACGUGCGGGCCUGCGUGCGGGGCCUCCCGGGGGCCGGGGCCUGCGCCCGGGCCCGCUGCCGCCGGGCCCUGCGACGCUUCUUCGGCCGCCUGCCGCCCGCCCUCACCCACCGCCUGCUGUUCUGCCCCUGCGGCGGGCACCACUGCGCCGAGCGCCGCCGCCAGACCAUCGUGCCCGCCUGCUCCUACUACCACCCGGCCCACGACGCCGGCCCCGAGAAGCCCAACUGCCUGCACCCGCGGGACGCCUGCCGACAAACCCACCUCUGCAGGUCGCGCCUGGCCGACUUCCAGGCCUUGUGCCAGCCGUCUUCGAGGACUCCCUCCGCCUGCCUCCACGACGACCAGGCCGCCUGCCGCAGGGCCUACGUCGGCCUGCUGGGCACGCCCAUCACCCCCAACUACGUGGAUAACGCCAGCUCCAGCGUGGCACCCUGGUGCGGCUGCGGCGCCAGCGGGAACCGGCACGACGAGUGCCAGGCCUUCCUACACCUCUUCACCCGGAAUCCCUGCCUCCAGAACGCCAUCGAGGCCUUCGGGGACGACGCAGCGCCCAGCGCAGGGCUUAGCCCUUCCCCUGCCACCCCCCUCACCUGGCAGCAGGACUGGCAGUCCCGCCCCUCGGCGGGCACCUCGUCCAACAGCCUCCUCUGGCAGCUGCGGCCUACCCAGGUGUCCUGGGCCACAGGAGGGUUCCCUCACCUGGUGUCGGGCACCGCAGACCGGGCUCCGGCCUCCUGGAGAUGCCUGCUGUUGCCCACCUUGGCGCUCCGGCUCCUCCCGUGACGGGGUCGGAGGGCACGGGGGCUGGCACACCCUCCGUGCCCGGCCCCCAGUUCUUCUCACAAGCGUCGCGGCCUUCCCGCUGUGGCCUCAC